AAGACAAGAACCACGUCCUUUCCAAGUGAGACCAAAUUUGUUCCAUUCGAUUAUAAUCUAUUCGAAAUCUUGUUAGAUUACAAUGAUCGAUCAAAUCUUCCACGUAAUACUCUUUGUAGUCGUCGCGAAGUAGGUAGGAAGGAAAAUAUCCAAAGCGUUGGCUAUCGCACAUCAUUCUCCCUGCUCUUGUACAACGCCAACUUUUCCUUAAAGCAUUUGUCUUUGUCUUCCAAAAAGGUGAGAUCCCCAGCAUAUGUUGGUUCAUAUCGCUUCCUUCUGGGCAAUUAAUGAUACCGUCACAAUGGUCGCCAAAAUCGAGCUUCCUAUUUGGAGUCAAUUUGCUUGGUGGUAGUGCAAGCAUAAAUCGUAGACUACGAAACCUUCUAUCGGUUGACAGUGUUUCGAAGUCACAACUCUCAAUUCCACACCGAUCUCGACGAUAAUCCCCUAAGUCGCAAAGACUAUGCAAGAGCUUGAAAGUUCUUAGAACGUUUUCUUCAAUAGCCAUCUGAUCAUCCAAACGCUGGCUUAUAUGUUGUACUCUGAUCGAUAGCUCUUCGUCAAUCAUUAAAUCAUCCAUCUCAAUCGUAGGCGAGCCAUCAAAACUUUGAAGCAAAGAACAAUGGCAAUUGUAGGGAAGAAUAUUUGAAGCCAACGGAUCAGGAAAAGACAAACUUUUGUGACGAUGCCCUGAAGGAAAAGUGAAGACAUUGUCGUCUAAACCAACAUUUCCACUAGGUACCAGGUUCGCGCUUCUCAGAACAGAAUGGAAAUCGUCUUCUAACAGAACACGCGCUCUCGAUCGUCGCGCUAAAAAAGCUCGCUCCAAUUCCUCGUGCCUGUCCCGCACUUGCGGUGUUUUUUCACUGGUUUCACGGAGAAAGGAGCGUUUAG